AUGAAAAAGCAGGAAGGCAAGAGCGACUCCAAUUGCUCUAUUUUUGUCUGCUGGAAGGAUGAAAUAAAUAUAAAAUACUACGAAGCGACCUCCUGUUUUUUGCCGGAUGAUUAUUCACGCCACACUUCUUGUCCACAGCAAAUCUUGUUUUCAACAGGAGAUCUUCCGAUUGCUUUUGUUCCUUGUACCCACUGUAUUUAUCACGCAAAUAUUAAAGCACAAUUGGCUUGCCUAGAAAAGCUUUUUCGUUGCAGCCCUCACUAUAAGAGAAGUUGUAAAGAGUAGUGGCUCUUUCUUUCUUGUAUUACACUUUGAAACUUGAAUAAUGUGAAUCUGUAUCUACUUUGCCUUUGGGCACCAUCAUCCCACCGCUGUCCAGUCGCAGCUGUGGUCAUCCGUGUUGGUCAUGAUCCGUGUGGGUACUACUAUGGAACGGUUCCUUGACCGACGUCGAGGUUUUUUCAUGUACAAAAAGUAUUCUUUAUGUCCGGGGGAAGAUAUUUAGAAGACAACAGAAGCAAACGACAAAAUUAGAAGGGACUAGUACAGGCAGUACACAACGAACAACAAGUAGAAUCUGUCCGCGCCAGAAGCAGAUAUUUGUUGAAAAACUACUAGGUAGCGCUCCUGCGGCCACCAGGCAUCUUUACAACUAACACAGGUCAUCCCGCCCCUCCACAAAACCCUUGCUGCCCCCUCCCCUGCCCCGAUGAAUUUUUGAAAUUGUCGCGCUUUUUGAUCCUCGAGGACCUCCAAAUGGAACCUACUUCAACAGCACUGCAGGACUUCUUUUCGUUGGACAAAAUAACGAACGCGACCGCCGAGGAAUGUUGCGAUCAUUUUGAGAUGACAUCCAGAGAGAAAAGGAUGAACGAAUCAUGUCCUGGCUGGACCGAC